AUGGGUUUUCAUAUCCCAAAGUCUAUGGAAAAGGCUCAGGUUACGCCUUGUAUCAAGAAUCCCGAAUCUUGCGGAUUGAUUCGCGCGGAAGAGAUCGGCGGAGUAUCGAUCCUGGGCGAUGGAGACCCGAGUACUCCACAAUCGCCCCCAUCAAUUGCAGCAGAAACCGAAGAGAAUAUACCAACUACAAGCACGAAGCCUCCUCACUGUAAAUCACAGACGACCAUGCUUCGGGAGACGCUCGCGCAGAGUCCACUGCACGCGACCCACGCCACUGCAUCCCCGCCAGAAAUACACACAAAGUCGACCGUGGUCAAGCAUGCUUUAACAUAUGACCCCUCAGUUGUACCUCCACCUCCGCCUCAUAUCGAGGGCAAGCUCUUCACCAACCACAUCCCAACUGCGGUGGAAAUCCGCGAUAUCAAGCAGUAUGUCUCCACGAUAAACAAGAAACUAUCCGACUACGACACGCAGAUUGCCAAUCUCGAAGCCACUCUGCUUGACCUCCAGAAGAAACGCAACGACCUGCAGCAGGUCGGCCAAGCGCACGAAGCUCUUAUUUCUCCUGUCCGUCGCCUGCCUACCGAAAUCCUGCAAAUGAUAUUUGAGUGGUGCCUUCCCACCAACCGGAAUGCCGUCAUGCACGCCUCCGAAGCCCCUGUGCUGCUCGGCCGAGUGUGCGCUGAGUGGCGACGAAUAUCACUCUCUACUCCCCAACUCUGGGCGUCGCUCCACAUUGUGCCGCCCAACGUCAACUUCGCCAAGCCAGUAUCAUCGACAUCCCGCUUCCAGCGCAAGCGAGAGCUGAUCGAGAUGUGGCUUUCCCGUUCAGGGGAUUGCCCAUUGAACAUCUCAUUCGUGUGGUUCGCGAGCGACUCGGACGACGAGGUCAAGCUAUGCGGGUCGCUGAUGGAGGUGCUAGUGCCAAUGUGCGGGCGGUGGAAGGUGCUGGAUUUCCAGGCCCCGCUGAAGAUGUUCAAGCCAUUCGUGGGGCUGACGGUGGAGGAUGUGCCGCUCUUAGAGGGUCUGUCUCUGAUGGACAAUCGAACGUCGGUUGACCCAGAAGCCAUCGAUAGUUGGCCCGAGAGCCUGCUGUUUGCGGAGAGGUCGCCAAGGUUGCGGACCUUCAACCUCACAUUCUUCAGUGGCGGCAUCCGCCUGCCAUCCAUCCUGUGGUCGCAGCUUACGACCCUCUACCUCGAGUCGAACAUUGCCUUCUUUUUCUUAGAUUCACAGGAGAUGCUGUCCGUCCUCGAGCAAUGCUCGAGCCUCGUCGGGUGCACGCUCAAAUUUCCUUUAUCCCACACUGCGACACUACCCCGGUACGAGAAGCUCGACUUACCCGUUACGCUACCCAAGCUCGAGACACUCUGCCUCGACGGCGACCAGCAUCUGCACAACACGUUCCACAUGUGCAAUACACUCAUGAACCUCCGCACGCCACGCCUGCGGCGGCUCGAGAUCCUCGGGCGUUCGGGGAGACCAGAAGGGAGUGUUGCUCCCGAGCCUCUGUCUGCGAUCAGGCAGCUCCUGCAGAUGAGCAGGUGCCCCCUCGAGACCCUCAACGUGGAGUCGAUGGCUAUCCUCCCCGACGAGUUCAUUGCGUGUCUGCGGUUGGUGCCCACUUUGGUCGAGUUAGUGGUGCACAACUGGGCUGUGAAGUUGCAUUCACUGCCGUUGGACGACGAGCACCAUCAGGCUACGGCUACGGCUACGGCUGUUGAUUCAACCCCGCAAGAUGGAGCUGAAGCUCCGGAAAACGUUAUCUUGAAAGCUCUCACAGUUCCCUCGAAACCAGCAAACCAAGUGCCAGAAGACGCACCAGAGGCCGUCCUGACUGCGGCGGAGAAUUUAUCGCUCUUAGAUGCCGAACUACCGACUCUUUCCUCAGAUCCGUUGCAAGAUUCUCCAACAGCCUCAACAUCAACCCUGUCUCCCGAUGACGGUCCCCUAUGCCCCAAGCUCGAGCGGUUCGACUUCAUGCUGUGUGACGCCUCGCAAGAUCUUCUUUGCGACUUUGUCGCCUCGCGUUGGAUGGCUUCCUCGGAGGGUGUGGCACGGGUCAAGUUCGUCAAGUGCAACUUCACGUCGUUCGAGGAGGAAGGCCCGAAGAAGCGUCUGCAGCAGCUCCGCCAGGAGGGGUUGGAUGCGUUCGUGACGUACCAAGUGUCGAUGAAUGAGGAGUUAAACCCGUCACCGUGGAUGGGCCUUGACGCUGCACCAUAG